UGGCGUGCUUGGGCAUGAGGCGGUGCUUGUCGGGCUUCAUCACGGCAUCUGGAUCCUGGACUGCCAGCCAGCAGCGGGUGGGUGGCUAACCUAGUUGAAAUUAUCGCCUGUUGCGCAAAAGGCAAAAGGCAAAGAAAGGCAAGCCGGGCCGUAAAAACAUCCUUCAAACGCGAUAUAAGGUUUGAGCAAACCCCAACCCCCUCCUCAACCCUCGCGAGAAGGCAAAACCCCAACGGACUUCGAAACGGGCUUUCCUGGAUUUUUCUCUCGCUCAGUCGCCCAGUCCUCAUAUACCUACUUAAUCGGGACGUCCGGGUAAGACUGCACUUCAUAGGAAUCUCACAAUCACCAACCCCAGCAGAACCCACGAGUAUCAUGUCGGCGCCCGACCACGUCGCCCUCAAGGUGGACGGCGGUGAACAACCCACAACCACCACCCAGAAGCCAAAACCAUCUUCCAACUCCGGCGAAUUCGGAAUCAGCCCAGACGCCAUCUACGACCUUGUCGACCCAAAGAACCCUGAAGAGUAUGCCAAGUUGGGCGGGAUCGAGGGGAUGCUGAAGGCCUUGAAGGUUGACGGCAACAAGGGUCUCAUCACAGCGGGCUCGGGACCAAGCUAUGCUCAAAACUCCCUCACGGUGGAGGACCAUAAGGGUGACGCCUCUGCGCAUGGAGCGCAACCUGUCGACAGGGCAGCGCGAGUGGCAGUGUACGGCACAAACACCCUCCCGGAACCCAUCUCCAAGUCGCUCAUCGCUUUCAUGAUAGACGCACUGAAGGACAAAACUUUGAUUGUUUUGUGUAUCGCGGCGGCGGUUGAAAUCGCGGUGGGUAUCUACAAGCUCGUAGAUAAGCACGAUUCCCUUGCCAUCAUUGAUGGUGUCGCCAUUAUCGUUGCUGUGCUGAUUGUGGUUUUGGUGGCAUCCAUCAACGAUUAUCGCAAGCAAGCGCAAUUCCGUAAGCUCAACGACUUUAGCAAAUCCUUAUCGGGUAUCAAAGUCAUUCGCGAUGGAGAGAAAAUUCAGAUUCCCACCAAGGAGUUGCUUGUUGGGGAUAUCUGCACGCUCGAAGUCGGUGACGUGUUACCGGCCGACGGUGUGCUCCUCCAGGGUUUCAACGUGGAGACCGACGAGAGUUCCCUCACCGGAGAGCCCGUGAACAUCCGCAAAGACAUGGUCAAGGACCCUUUCCUGUUGUCCGGGACCAAAGCUGUCAGCGGAAUGGGGAAAUUCCUCGUUAUCGCCACCGGUGUCAACUCCUUCAACGGUCGUACCAUGCUUGCUCUUGAAGUCGAGGCGGAGGAAACACCGUUGCAAUCCAAGCUCAGCAAGCUCGCCGAUGAGAUUGCAAAGUUCGGUGUCGGCGCCGCAGGUGUCAUGAUCGUCAUCCUCCUUAUCACCUAUUUCGCUAUCACCAAGGGUCAGCGCCCUGGUGACGAAAUCGCUCAAUCCCUCAUCAACAUCUUCAUCACCGCCAUCACCUUGGUUGUCGUCGCUGUUCCCGAAGGUCUCCCGCUGGCCGUCACGCUGGCUCUCGCACACGCAACGAUCAAGAUGUUGGCUGACAAGAACUUGGUCCGUCACUUGUCUGCUUGUGAGACCAUGGGUAACGCCACUACUAUUUGCUCCGACAAGACGGGAACCCUUACUCUGAACCGCAUGACCGUCACCUCUUGCCUCAUCGGUGACCACGAGUUCCACAAGGAAGACCUUCCCGGCAAGCUGAAAGACAUGUACAACGAGCGUAAAGAGCUCCUGCAGUUCAUGACCUUGGGUGUCAACAUCAACUCUACCGCUUCCGAGGGCAAGAACAAGGACGGCGAGACUGUCUUCAACGGAUCCAAAACCGAGAUUGCGCUCCUGAACUUGACCAAAGGUCUCGGAUUCCCUUACCAACCUGACCGUGACAACACAAAAGUCGUCGAUCUGCAACCCUUCAGCAGUGAGCGCAAGCGUAUGAGCGCCGUCAUCGAGCUUGCGCACAACGCCGAGUUUGAGGCGAAGACCGGAAUCACACAUGGCCCUUCGGUCACCAACGGCAAGCGCUACUGGGUGCACGUCAAGGGUGCUUCCGAGAUCGUGCUCAGGAUCUGCGACAGCUACGUCGACGAACAUGGCACCACUCAACCAUUGACCGACAAGGUUCGUCAGCGUUACGAGCAGUUGAUCGACUCGUACGCCAAGCAAGCCCUGCGGACCAUCUGCGCUGCUUUCAAGCCCACCGCGCACUCUGGCGAGACUACCGAGAGGAAGGAGGGCGAGGGCAUGGAUGACGAGGAAGGUCUUACCUUGUACGCCAUCUUCGGUAUUCAAGACCCCGUCCGUCCCGAAGUGCCCGGCGCCGUCAAGCAGUGCAUGGACGCAGGUAUCCGUGUUCGCAUGGUUACUGGAGAUAACAUCGCCACCGCAAAGGCCAUCGCUACAGAGUGCAAGAUCUACACUGAAGGAGGUAUUGUCAUGGAGGGUCCUGCCUUCCGCAAGCUGUCCGAAGAGCAGAUGGACGAGAUGCUACCUCGCCUGCAAGUCCUCGCACGUUCAAGCCCGCUUGACAAGCAGAUCCUGGUCCGUGCGUUGAAGCGUCUGGGAGAGACUGUCGCCGUGACCGGUGACGGAACCAACGACGCCCCUGCGCUGAAAGGCUCCGACGUCGGUUUCAGUAUGGGAAUCACCGGAACGGAAGUCGCCAAGGAAGCCUCGGACAUUGUCAUUCUCGACGACAACUUUGCCUCGAUCGUCAAGGCCGUCCUGUGGGGUCGGUCCGUCUUCGAUUCCGUGCGCAAGUUCUUGCAGUUCCAGUUGACUGUCAACGUCUCCGCCGUGCUCAUCACCAUCGUCACCGCUAUCGACACCACCGCUUCCAAAGAAACAGGCAAACAUAUCCCCGAAUCCGCUUUGACCGCCGUGCAGCUGCUGUGGGUGAACUUGAUCAUGGACACCCUGGCCGCCUUGGCUCUCGCGACCGACCCGCCUACACCUGACCUCCUGCAACGCAAGCCAUCCCGCCGUAACGAGCGGUUGGUCAACUUCCCCAUGGCGCGCAUGAUCAUCGGACAGGCUAUCUACCAGAUCGUGGUCUGCUUGGUGAUCUACUGGAUGGCGCCAAUCUGGUGGCCUGUUGACCCGAGCAUCCCCAAGACGGACGAGGAUUACUACAAUAUGGACACGGGCAAGUCGCAUUCGCAGAGCACCAUGGUCUUCAACGUGUUUGUGUUUUGUCAGGUGUUCAAUGAGAUCAAUGCGAGGAGCAUCACGCGUGACCUGAACAUUUUCAAGGGCAUCAUGGGCAAUCGCAUCUUCCAAGGGGUCAUCCUCAUCACCAUCGUCCUCCAAGCCAUCAUUGUCGAAUUCGGCGGCCCGGUCUUCAAAACCCAAGGCGGCCUCAACGGCGUCCAAUGGGCCGUCUGCCUGAUCGUCGGUCUCGGAUCUCUGCCCGUCGGCGCCAUGAUCCGCCUCCUCCCCGACUGGCGCAAAAACCGCGACGAGGACGCCGACCCGCGCGAAGCCAACAAGCAGGAAAUCGAGCUCGAGAAUGUCGGUCGCGCUGGCAGCGGUGACGUACACGGUCAACAGGCACCAGAGGGUGGCCACUCCACCGCCGCUUUGGUGGGCGAGGAAGGCCAGGAAGGCGUCAAACCCGCCGACAAAUGGAACAACGCGAUCCGCAUGACCCAGAUGCAGCUCCAAGUCAUCAAAGCCUUCAAGCCUCCUCAUGGCCACCCCAGUCCCGUCCUCUCCCCGCGCCGCCCGCCGCCACCCGGUCGAUCCGACACGAUGCGCUCUGCGGAGCUGUGGCAGCGUGCGAGGACGGUGCGGUCGACGAUUGGGGUUGUGAACGCGUUUAGGGGCGGGAGGAGACGUAAUGACCCCGUGGUGACGCUGCAGAUGUUGGACGCGGGGACGGCGAGGGAUCACGCAAGGCCGGGGAGUAGGGCGAGUAUGAGGACUAAUGGGAGUUACCGGUAGUCGAUGGAGUUGGAAUCGACCGACGCUUUGAUUCUUUAACAAGGCUUCGCAACUUUUGCCCUUUCGACCGCUCCGCGUCCAUCCCUUCUCUUCGCUUUAAAAAUACGGGACGCUAUGACCCUUACCCUGCUUCAACAACGCAUCGCAAAACCCCCUGCAUCCCACAUUC